AUGACAAAUGAUGGAAAAAAAAUUUCAAAGCCGACAAAUUUUCUGGACCUGCAAAGAAUCAGCUCGACCCUUGGACUCCAGCAACAAGUUUUGGUUUAACGCAUCAGAGAUUUGUUCCGCUAUCGUUCAAUUAACAUAACCACCAAGCCGAAACUUAGAAGCAUCAACCGAAUUCGGCUCUGCGAUGUAAAGGAGCGAAGUUCGUCCUGAUUCUGAGGGAUAACUGAUUUUAGCCGAAGUAAUUUCGUUCCCCCCUACCAACAGCAUGUCACUGGUCGAAUACCUCAUAAUUUGGCAUCAGUGUAGCAAGGAAAUCGAUUGGCAAACUGAAGGUGAAUUGUUGAAACUUGUUUACAAACGUUUUAUUCCUGAUGGCUCGGAAGACGAUAUCAUAGACGUUAGUUCGUUGCUUACCAAGCUGGAGGAGAAGAAUGUCUUAGGAAUUGAUUGUCUCGAUGUAUUGAAGGAUCUUUUAAAAGGGAUAGAAAAGUGGGGUCUUAUUCGGAUGGUGGAGAAAUUCGAAAUUAAAAGAAAUGACUACAAAAAGUUACUGGAGCAAAUACGUGGUGCACUCGAAGGGUCCAUUGAAGUGGAACGACUCAUUUCAAUCUGCCGAAGACACAAUCUGAUAACUCAUGAAAGAGAAGAACACAUCGUGAAUAUUGAUGCAUUGUUCACGGAACUAGAACAACACAGCAAUUUGCGAGUAGGAAACCUCAAUAUCCUGAAAACCAUAGCAACUGAAGUGGAGAAACCAGACUUGAGCAGACUCGUAGAUGACUUCGACGAGAAGAGGAAACGAGAAGAAGAUGCCGAGAGGGAAAGGAAAGAGAGGGAGGACUACAAACGAAGGGCGCGAGCUCAGGCUGCUUCUGUUUUUACUCGUGGAAUAAACAUUGGAGAAAGAGUAGUAGGAGUUGUUACACCUCACUGUACUUUCCGCAAUCUUACUGGUGGUGCUGUGGUUGUUACUACAUGGAUGGUCCUUCGCAGGAGUCCCAGUAUGGAAGCAUUUGUGGCUGCUUUCACAGAGGCUGUUCUUCCAUUUGGAAAUUGUUUACGUGCGAUUAGGGAGGGAUCCACCCGAUUUACAAUUCACGCAGAAAAUAAUUCCGCUCUUGACGCGUUGUGGCAAAGUUAUCAAGACGAAACACUACGGACAAAUUUACAAGAGUUUCUUGUUACUGAGGAAAUAAAGCAACUGGCAGGUGGUGAAGUGACGUUGACUGUGCACAUCGACGAGGAUGAAUAUAGGAAUGCUAUGUUGGAUUUGUUGAUAUCAGAAACAGAAGGGAUGAAACUUGAAGGAAAGAGAGGAUUAAGAGAUCGAGCAACUUCUGACUCAGACCUUCUGAAAGAACGAAAAAUGACCUCAGAUAAUACAAAAGAUCCUCCUCCAGAGAGAGAGUUUUUACCAUCUCCCAGAAAUAUUCUUGUAAAAGAAUAUUUGGAAAAUCUUCAGGAGACCCUCAGCGAAAUCACGCAACCGAGUGACAGUGGAUUAGGGACCUUGAGUAGUGCCCCUUCUGAAUAUCGAUUAGACCAAGGAGACAAAAUUGAAAGGCUCGACCAGGUUGACGAUUUCUUCAGACUUGCCAUUGAGAAUUUGGGAAUCUUUCAGGAUACAUAUCCUUCCGAAGGAAAUGCAUUUUAUAAAAUGGGGGAGGAAAUGAAGAGAUUCAGAAACGCUUUAGAAACCUUGAAAGACAUGGAAAAAGAGUGGAUGAAUGCAGAACCUAUUUUGACAUCGUCAAGUAGUCCUGAAGUUAUUAUACAAAAACUGCUCCAGUUAGAUGAAGAUUAUCUCGAAAAACUAACCUCUAAGGAGAAAACAAUCGUCCGUGGCUUAGUAAGGAAAGCUAAAAAUUUAAAAAGAAUGGACGUGUUCGAUCACUUAAGGCAGAUCACACCAAGAGGGACAACAGGUCCUCGGUUACCUGAUGACUUGCCCAUCGAGGAGAUCCCGGAAAGGGGAAGAGAGAUUUUAUCAUAUGUAAUUACAUAUGAUCUUGUUUUACCAGAUUCUUCUUCUUGGAAACUAGGUUAUAAAAGUGACUCACUGGAUGCCUUGGCCAAGAAAAACAGCUUAAAAACAUUGGGUGAGCUGUAUGACUUUCUAUGUGAACACGGGCUGGCUCUCACUGCCGAUCUACUAUAAAUUCCUCAAUGUUACGCACUUUCGAAGAUAUCUAUAUCUCAUGUUUUCUUGGACCAUCCUGUAACAUGAUAAAUCGACUUACCUUUACCACAGAGGACAGAUGAUUCGCAUGUUAAUUCAGUCAUGCUGAACUUCACAGGAUCAAAAUUUCCGACGAUUUCCCCGGCUUAUAGUUUGAUAUUGAAGUCGAAUACAUCUUAAAAUAGAAAUUCCCUACAGUCAUUUCAAAAAGUAACCUAAAAGUCGGAAGGUAAUUUUAUAUUGUGUAUGUUUGUUUCUCGGUAAUUUUGGCAUUUUCACUUUCACUAGUUACUAGUUGUAGUUCUUUUUUUGACGCCACAAAGUAAUCAUGACUCAAUUAGAAUUAGGAAUAGUAUGUAUCACUGAGAUACCAACUUCUUUGGUGCAUUAAUUCUUAGAAGAAAGAGCUAUUUGAACAUCUGGGCACAGAUCUAUCGAUGAAAUUGCAAAGAAAUUUGUGGAAAAACCUUCUAUUUUCAAUGACUAUUAAGAAAAAGCCUAUUUUACCCAGAGAUUUUUUAAGGUACGAAACAAAAACCCCUGGAUUUCUAGUAAGGGAACAGUAUCAACAACUGGGCAGAAACCAAGAUACGCAGAUGUAAGCUACGAAUCAAUCAGGAUCAAUAUCAACAUGCAGGGGUGCGUAUUCUGACCACCAAUUAGUAAGUGUUGGUUCAAGGACUUCUAUCAUCCCAAUGGAAGAUGAUCUGAUGUGAUAGCUUCAACGCUCGACAAAGUUGUCAGGACACAACGAAAAAACGGUUGAAAAUGAAUACAUAUCGAGAUCGUGCAACAAAGAGUACAUAUAAGGAUUUUUCUUGCUACAAAUUUUGACCAAGGUAGAGAAUGCUAGCUCUGUAGGUAAAUAUAGUUAAAACCUUGUUUGCAAAUCACGUGCAGUUAGGUAAUGUGUCAACUUAAUUGACACACAAUGAAGCUAUCAGAUCAGAAUGUAAGAGAACUUAGCAAAAUUUGAGUCUGUCAAUAUUCGGUUUCUACGGCGAAAGGCAAAAUAUUGAGCCCUGAUUUUUCUCGUCUUUCCUAAAGGUAUGAUAAUACUUCUAUGAGUGCCUGUAAAAAAACAAGGAACACCUUUUUUAACGUAAAAGCAAAAUUUUACUCUAGAGUUUAAAACUGAUAAAAACUAGCCAAGACACCCGGUUCAAUUUUGCUGUUUGCCUCAAGAGUCAUUCUUAAUCUUUCUAUAGAGUAUUUUUCAGUUGGAAAUAUGUUGUGAAAUAAGAUUUGGAUAUCUCAUCACCUACUUCACUCAUUUGUUUUCGAGGGAAUGCGAAUUUUUAACAGUAUCAAGAAAACCAUUGGGGUAGACAGGAAGAAGUUUAAUUUUUGCAAUUUGCCAGAUUCUUUAGAAGUGGGACCUCGAAGUGUAACGAUUAAUCUGCAUUUGUAGGAAAUAAACAUUCAGUUUGAAAUUAA